AUGUUCACCAAUAAUACCAGCAGGGGUAGCGGGGGUAUAGCAGUAUUUGUUCAUGAAUCACAUAACGCUUGCCCAAGACCAGACCUUACAGUUAAUAACCUCAUCAUGGAGAGCCUUUUCAUUGAAAUAUUUAAUAAAUCCAGUAACAUUAUCGUCGGUAUGAUUUACAAGCGUCCCAAAUCAAAUAACCAGCUUUUCUUUGACAAGCUCAAUGAAAUCACUACAGUCUUGGCAUCUGAGAACAAACGCUGCUAUAUUACGGGUGAUUUUAACAUAAACUUGUUAAAUUCAGCCAUGCCUGCCUCUAGAAACCUGUCAAACCUUUUUCACGAAAAUAUGUUUUAUAACUGCAUAACGAAGCCCACUCGUGUGACAGACAGUUCUGCAACAUUGCUGGAUCAUAUCUGGACAAAUGACCUUGCACAUAAUCUGGAUAAUACAAUAAUAUACUCUCAUAUAUCUGAUCACUUUCCAGUACUUUCUGAAUUCAAGUCUAACGUAACAAUAGCACAAUCUGGCAAAAUAGAUAUUCAGUAUAGGGAUUUCUCGGAGCAAAAUGUCCAGCUGUUCACUCAGCACUUGCAAACUGUGUCUUGGACUUGGUUUAUAUUCCUGCCAAUCCUAAUAUCAAGCUUGCCAAUUUCUAUACUAUAUCACAACUUCAUUCAAUGUUUUCUUCCCUUACAUAAAUCUCUAAAGCCCAAAGCCCUUGCCAAGCCAUACAUAACAUCAGAAAUAAAAACUUUGAUUGCCCAAAAGAAUAAAUUACAAAGAAAAUAUGCAAAAUAUCCCCUGACUUAUGGAGAAGCCUUCCGCUCAAUUAGAAAUCAGUUGACCACCACUAUCCGUAAUGCAAAGUCAACUUACCUAAAAAGCAAGUUACUUCAAGAUCCUAGUAACUCACAGACGACCUGGAAGGUGCUUAACACUAUCCUAAACCGUAACAAGACCACGUGUGAACAAAACCCACUCAAUCAAUUCACAGUUCAGGAAGUGCUGGACACAAUUAAAUCUACAAAAGAUACUUCCGCUGGUCACGAUGAAAUACCCAUAAAACUAAUAAAAAAGAUUGCUCCAUACAUAGCCCAUAUCGCCAAAGUCAUACCCAUUUUUAAAGCAGGUGAUAAAAAUUCAAUUAAUAAUUACCGCCCCAUUUCCAUGUUAUCAACAUUAGCUAAGCUACUUGAGAAAUUGGCAUUAAGACGCUUAGAAGAAUACUGUAAACGCAAUAAAGUAAUAACACCUUCCCAGUAUGGCUUUGUCGAUGGAAAAUCCACUCAGUCUGCUCUCGUAGAUUUUACUAGUUCAGUAUUACGUUCAUUUGAUAAUAAAUUGUUCACACUCAGUAUAUUCUUAGACUUUAGCAAAGCAUUUGAUACUGUAAACCACAGAAUUUUGUUACGGAAAUUAGCUCACUAUGGUAUUAAAGAUAACGCCAAUAAUUGGUUUAAUUCUUACUUAACAAAUAGAGUACAGUAUGUUUCAUAUAGUAAAUGUUCCUCUCCCACCUGUCAAAUGUUAAACGGAGUACCACAGGGUUCCAUACUUGGUCCAUAUCUUUUCUUACUGUAUAUAAAUGAUUUUGUGAACUGUACCGAUCUAUUUAAUUUUACUUUGUAUGCUGAUGAUGCCACCUUGCACACUGCUGGUCCGAACAUUAAUUCCCUGAUCACCAAUGCCAACCACAACCUGCGCCAAGUAAGCAACUGGAUUCUUAGCAAUAAGCUAAACUUAAACACCAAUAAAACUCAUUUUGUUAUAUUUCACCGAAAUAAAGAGAUGCCUCACAUCCUGCCAGAACUACGAUUUGACAGUAAAAGUAUCAAACGCACAUAUUGCACUAAAUUUCUAGGUGUUAAAGUAGACCAAAGUUUAAGCUGGAGCCAAAAUAUCCAAGAUAUCGUCAGCAAAAUCAGUAAGCAACGUGGCAUCAUGUAUGGCCACACCAAUGCAGCUUUCAGAGAACUAAAUAUAUUAAAAUUUUAUGAACUGAACGAUUACUGUUCUGCCACAUACGUUUUUAAAUGUCUAAGAUGCCCAGAUAACACAAUGUUUAAUUAUCGCAAUAAUAGUCAAUAUGCUUUAAGAAAUGCUUCGCUUCUCCAACUCCCAUUUUGUAACUCGUCUCAGUCAAAGACAGUUAUAGAUUACCGUGGUCCAAAGAUCUGGAACACUCUCCCCGAAAAUCUGAGGAAUAAACCUACCUUUGAGGCGUUCAAAAAGACUCUCAAACAAUACUUUGUGGCCAAAUAUAACUAUAACAAUGUAGAUUCUUCCAGUGAACCUCCAGUGUUGGUUGACACGCCGUCGGAGUCGUAG